GCUGUUAAACAUACAACAGGUUAGUCAGUGUACAAUAACUGAACGGAACGCACGCGCUUGUAUAUGAGAGAAUUAAAUAUUAAUCCAAAACAUUUUUAUUUCGUUUUGAAAACGCGCACCGCUUGUAUAACACUUCGAUGUUUGCCGAAAAUUUUUAUUUUUUGAAAUAUUUAAUUUUGAAAGAAAAGUAAAUUUAUUGAAGCAUAUUUUAUGGCUGUUUGUGUAAUGUCCUAACACACAGACCUGUAAUUAAAAAAAAAAAAAUAAUAAUUUUUUUGAUCAAAACCUAAAUUCGAAGACAAUUUUCCAAAAUUUUGUAAUCAUUAUUCGAUCCAAGUUUUGUGCAUUUUAUCUACGGUGAACAUAUAUCGUCGUUAACCGGCCGUGUACGUACAUAUAUGUGCUGUUUCCUAAUGUCUUUUUUUUGCCAUUACUUUUGUGUGUUGUGAGUGUCUAUGACCGAGAGUUAAUGUAACACUGCAAAUAAAUUAGCAGUUUAUGGUGAUUUUAUACUCAUUUAGUGUGAUUGUGCCACUUUAAAUGUAUGUUUUCGUCUAUAUUACCUUCGCCGUGCGCAAAAUUUAAUUUUGUGUAUUCCUAUUCCGAGUGAGAUUUUGCUCGUUGCAGAAAAAAGAUUUAAAAAAAAAAUAGCAACCAACAGCACCAGAGGUAGAAGAACGAUUUGAUCGAAUAAGCAAAAAUUGACUAAUGUGUUGUGAAAGUAUUUAUGUCCAAUGUAAUUCGGCAUUCAAAUAUUGAAAAAAGAAAGAAAGAAAAAUCCAAUCAUUACAUAGACUGACCACCGGAAAUAAUUUCGAAUAUUGCGAUUAAAUCAAUAGACGAAAGUUUAAUGAAUUUAUAACUGUGAGGGACAUUAUAGACACACACCGACAUUGGGCCGGCAAAUUAUCCACAGAAAAAAAAACAUUUUUUUUUGGUUACUCAAUUGAAAAGUUACAUUAAUUGCACACACACCAAAUAUGGACAGUGUUGAUGUGAAAAUGGACUUCAAAAACAAACCCGUCCUCAGUCCAACCCGUUCAUUGGACGAAGGUUUCGAAAGUGAUCCCGAUCGCAUAUCAACCGAUUCCGAGCAACCGAUUGCAACGCCAUCCUUUGACAUUCUACAGACGACCGAUCGGAACGGUGUACAGCACACGCAAAUUGCACGUCGCGGCACAAUGGAUUACGGCACGACUGGAUCGGUUCAAGACGAAAUUGAAUCGGAAAUACGAUCCAAGUCAGAUGCGGCUGUGAUCAUACCGCGUGCCAACUCAAUCCAACCGAUGUCCCGGCAACGACGAAUCAAGACCAAAGCACCGUUACCGCCACAUUUUCCCGCAAACAGUCGGACACUCGAAUCCAUUCGCCAUCCGGAACCAAUGAAACCGUCAGUGGCACCGUUUCGUAACGAUGUGACUAGUGGGAAUUUUAUUCGAUAUACGGUGCAUCCGAAACCUAAGAACUUAGCGACAACGUCCAGCGUGAAGUUGGCGAAUCAGCAAGCCAUUGUACCGCAAGCCAGUAGUCUGUACACAUUUUAUCCAGCCGAAGGUUCAAUUAGUCUUUAUUCGACAAAUAACGGAUUAGCAUACAAGUCAUCGCAUAUGAAUGUUCAAACACAAGCUCCUAUAUGCUGGACACAGACCGUUCCACGGCAAGCGAGAAGAUACGUAUCACCAGCGAUCACAUCUCAAUCGAUAGCGUCACCUCUGGUCCAGAAACAGCAAGGUGUCGGUCUGUCACAGAAAUUGAAAGAAUUGGCAACAUCUGCCGGACUGAUGACAACAAAAACGAAAAUGCCAUUAAAGCCUGUGAUUAAAUCGCGUGGAUCACCCGGUCCCGAAUAUCCGAAGAAAGUGACAUUCAGUGCGUUUGCAACUGUUCAAGUGUUAUAGGAAUCGGCGCUGCCAAAAACAAAAAUUAAUUUUAAAAAACAAAAAAUUGAAAACAAUGUUUCCAACCAUUGGAAUGAGUAAUUUAAUUUCAAUGAAAAAUUCAAUUGAAAAAUGAUAAAAUUUAGAAUUAAAUAAACGAAUAGACAGGUGGCAAUUGGUCGAUAGAAAUGCUUUGGAGGAGAAUAUUCGAGUAUGCGUAAGACGAAAAUUUUGUCUGAGACUGGGAAAACUUCCAAAUUAAACAUUUCGUAACCUAUUUCUCGAAAUCUCACGAUAAUAGUAGGUUAGUUAACAUUAACCAUUGGAUGUUGCGAAAGUACUUCAUUACAUGAGGCAACAAUUUUGCGAUAAAAGCGAAAUUGCCAGUUGUUUUUGAGCAAUGAGCUUCGGUAACUGUUUCAACAAGUGUAGAAUAAGCUCGGCCUCUCUUUACUUAGAUACCACAUAUUGCCAACCCACAAAGUCCACACUGCCGCAUAUAAAUAUUGUUUAAGAUUUCGUACAUGUCUUGCAUUCGUUGACUCGUGUAACUGUCUUGCACUCGUUGACUCGUGUAACAGGCGGUGCAGUUACUCUAUAAUGUUUCAAUCUAAUAUUAGUUGGAUUCUAUUUGUGGGUUGAAGAACGGUUAUAGUGUGAAAAAAUUGCUAAGUGAUCUAUCUAGUAAGCUAGUAUACGUAGCAACAUCCAAUGUCUACCACAUGCGAAAAUUGAAUUUCACAAAAAAAAAAAUCACGAAAAGUGAACCGAAAAGAUGCCACAGGUAAUCGAUCGAUUUUCGCAGGUGGCAAAUUGAUAUGUUAUGUUCAACUUUCGCAUUGAGCAGGUAGAAAAAAUACAAUGAAAAUGUUUUUCAAUCAUAAAUUUUGUGGAAAUCAAGAAAAUUCGAGAGAAAUCAAGAAAAAACAUUUCUCGAAAAUAUGCUUUGCAACGUAUCUCUAGAUCAGCUCAAGACUUCUCCAUCCAUCUUAUUCAGUUUAAAAUAAACCGUACAAUUCGAAUAGUCCCGUCAAUUCUUUGAUCAAUUUAAACAGCCAGCCCCUGUCUAGAGAGAAAUAUAAGGAAAAAUUGUAUUUAAAGCUUUAACCUAGGUCAUGUGACCCCAUAAUGUUAUUUAAAAAAAAAAAUUAUGAAAAACAAGUUUAUUUUGUUGGAUAUUAUGGCGUAAUAAUAUGUCAUUACAUAUUGAAGUAUAUCUUUAACGUUCGGUCGUUCGGUCGUUUAUUAUUUUAUUUUUUUGUUGAUUUUGAUGUUAAAUACCUUUUUUAUUAUUUAAAUUUUUAUUGUUCACUAUACCAAGAAGCUGAUUGUUAAAAUACUGAAACAUUUUUUUUUGUAUUUUUAUCCACUAGGUCCCACCUUUUGGGCGGGUCAGGUCCCUUGACUGACAAUUUUUUCAAUAUAUUUUUGAUCAAUUUCAUUGUUGAACUUCCGAAGCAUCACUGAUACAAAUACCUACAUUUAAUGUAUCGAUUACUCUAUACAUGACAACAAAAUUUGACAGAAAAAGUUCUUCAAAUAAACCUUCGAACGUAAGACCGAAUGAUCU